CGCAGUUAUCCAGAAACGAUCGAACCACUUGACCUAACGCGAAGUGUUGAAAAAGGCCGGCUUCGAAUUUUAUUUUACAGAGUGCAUCCGAUACACUCUAUCUGGCGUUAUGGCGAAUUUGCGUUUGGGAAUUCCUGUCACUGUCAUCCUUCUUAGUUUAUUAAUCGAAGCCACCUCUUUUCGGAGGUUUCCGAGCCAUCGGCACCGUUACCCAUCAGGGUAUGCUUUUGGUGAAGGAGAUUCCGCUCGAGAUGAACAGGGUGCUCGCCUAACACACCCAUGGAGACAUACUCUGGAAAUCUCGACACAGCGUGAUCGAUCUGAUCGUCAGUCAAGCACCUCAGCGAAAGCAGACCACCGCAGACCUCUCGCUGAUGAAAACGUGCAUCGUCCUUUUCGGGGUCAUCGUGAUUCAGAUGAUGAUGGAACCGAACUCAAUGUCCGAGCUGAUGCGGACGAGAAUCAAUACGCUCCGGGGAAGUAUAGAGGAGCUAGUCAUUUAGAUGCCGCUUCGAAACACCCACGUUCAUCAAGCUUUGACCAUCCACCACGUUUCAGGUGGUCUCGAGACUUCACGAAACAUCGACCCGCUGCAGACAACGAGCUUAAAUUCACCGAGAGAGAUGAUUCUGAUGGUCCUCGUCCCAUUGCCCAAAACCGUCCAUACAAUACAUAUAAAGAACCAUCGGAAGAAUUUGUUAGUCCAGGACAUAUAGAACCUUCUAUGAGCAGAGGACCUUUUGCCGAGGGAGGAAAGAAGAAACCUAUGUUGCUGGCUGCUCGGGAUUUAGAACCCGAAAAUGAACGACUAGACGAUUCAACGCCCGACUGGCCAGACUUUGUAAAACAGUAUGGUGCCAAACGUGGAAAGCGCGCUAAUACGGUCUGGAAUGAAAGACGUGAUGCAACGGAUCCUGACAAUAAAAUGUCAGGUCGGUUCCUAGAUACCUCGUCAUUGGAACGUCCAAAAAGUUUGUUUUCCUAUAGUGAUCUCGUAGAAGAUGAGUUCGAUGAACCACCUUCUAUAUACACGGAGCACUUCGCAAGGGAAAAACCUGGCUCAAUCGGGAAUCAUAGGGAUUAUGGAGUUGAAGUCCAUGGACGGCAUGUUCCGCGACAGAGAGAAUCAGUGCGUUUUGUCGCCGGAUCCUUCGAUACGGAACCUAGUAAAAAGCACCUGGACUCAAGUAAUGCAAUCAAGGAAGAUGGCAAGCAGACUGCGAACGCUGCCAAAAAAAGCGCUAUUGGAAACUCCAAAACCAUAAUGAACGUCAAUCUUCUCAUGGACCAAUCAGGAGCGCUGAAAAUCGAGAUGAACACACCGAAGAAAGAGGCCGACGGUAAAAAGCGCCCCGAGAGGUUCAGUGCUGUCACGAACAACGGGAAGCAAGCUUUAAUAAAAGAUGCUGCAGAUGGGCAUCAUGGCAUGUCAAUCGAAAUACCACAUGGCGGACAGACAAAGAGUCAAGAAUCUUUUGGUUCCCAGAGAUCUGGAUUUCUAACGGGACACAUCAAUAAUCCAUCGGAAACAACCCAUUUCUCUGCAGCAGCAGCAGCAGAGGACUCUACCCAGCUCCAAGGGACUUCGAAAACCUCACUACAUGGAUCCCUCGAACCACCUCAGUCCUUACUAAAGUCUCUUUUAAAUACUCGUACUGAGCAUGAUAACUCUAAACAGAAAGACACAACCAGCUUGCUGUUUGGCCAACUUGAUUCUUUGAAGCCGGCUGCGUCUAAUGUGAAGUUGUCAGAGUUGACUCCGUCUGGUUAUCCGGCCGAAAAAACAACAGUCAUCGAUUUUGCCCCCAUUCCAUCACUAGCCAAUGUGGACAAUCCACUAGUAAGUGGUUGUGAUGUGCAAAAGUGUUCCAUCACUUGUCCUGGUCAAUUGUGGAAACUUUCACCACUCACCGGUUGUCCAACAUGUGAAUGUUGUCCGUCAGUCAACUGCAAGAUGCCAUGCAAAUACGGCUACGAUGCUGAUCCGAGCGGAUGUCCCACUUGUAAAUGCUUAAGUGAACAUUAAACAGUUAUUGCUAUUCGUUUAUUUCAUGGUUCCACAGAAUUUCUUCCGACAAUGUUCAAGAGUAAUUGGUAGCUGAUGCGUUCUUUUUAUCUGCAUGUACCAACUGUCAUCAUAUUGUAACUACUGGUCACUUUAUUCCUCACUGACUUUGAGUAUAUGUCUACACUGAAAGCAUUCUGUUAGUUACAUCACACUCCCAUGGAAUUGGAUUUGCCAUUCGUGCCGUUGGUACCCACGCUUGGCACGCAUGCAUCCAGGUGACCAAUUUUUAGUACAUCAU